AUGAACAAAACGCAAUCAUCUACAACCAACAUCGUCCGGCGAGCUAAAGCGUGUAAUACCUGUCGGCGUAAAAAGGUCAAAUGUGAUGGAAAGCGACCUAUUUGUUCACCUUGCCACGCAUUCAAUCUAUCUUGCGGGUAUCAAGAUGUCAUGGACCGCCGGAAACGCGAGAGUCGGACAUAUGUUGAACAGCUAGAGAAGCGAAUUGAAAAAAUGCAGGAGCAAUUGGAGAGUUUGACGAGAUCUGGAACUCAAAUCCAGCGAGGCGUGGAGAAUACCCGACGUUCAACUUCGCCGGGCUCGUCAGUCGAGAGCAAUACUAAUUACGAGGAGCCAGAAGACCCGACAGACGGAGACAAAAUCCCUGGAAUGCCUCAGGUACCAUCUGACAAGGGUCCUCACCCUCCCACCGAGAACGAUCAAUCCAUUGUCAUCGACGCACAGGACGGGAAAAUGCGCUAUUUUGGGGCUUCGUCUGCAUUUUCUGCACUGACAAAUGCCGAAUUAAAUCGGCUAGAGGCACAGCCAGAUACUGGGGUCUGGCGACGCGCACCUCAAAGAAGUGCUAAUCCAUGGCAACUUUCAAGCUGGAUUCCUCAAAUUCUUCGAGAUGGCCUUGAACGGCGCAUUUUCGAACCUCUACCAUGUAAGGACACAACUGUCCAGCUAGUGCGAGAGUACUUUACAACCUUUAACCAAGCACUUCCUCUUUUUGAGGAGGCCUCGUUCAUGAAGUCCGUCGACAGACAAUACUCAUGGAAUCCCGAUAAUAGUGCGUCAUGGUGGAUCUCUCUCAACAUUGCUCUGGCCAUAUCAUACAGAGAAAGGGCGCAUGCAUCUUCUGAUGCUAGCGACAACUGGAAAAAGUCGUUGGGACAUGUUAAGAAUGCCUUGAACGCUGUCGUUGACGUCUUCCUCCAAAACACUGACAUUGCCGCCGUGCAGGGCCUCCUAGGUCUGGCGCUUUAUUUUCAGGGUACACCUAACCCACAAGCCCUUCUUAUGUUCGCGGCAGCAGCAAUGCGUCUGGCUCAGUCAAUAGGACUGCAUAGAGAAAAUGGCUCUGGAGCUUCACCCGAGGCGGAGCACAGGCGAAGAGUGUACUGGAUCGCUUUCAUACUUGACUCAGACAUUUCCAUCCGGGUGGGCCGCCCACCGGUCCAGGAUUUCGAAGACUAUGAUACGCACUUACCGACAGAAAACCCACCUGACGGCAGAGGCAUACUAACGAUUGACGGUACUAGAAUGAAUUACUUCCGUCUCCUUGCUCAACUAGCUCAGAUUCAGCGGCUUGUUUAUAGGAAGCUUUACACGGUGACUGUUCGUCGAGAGUCGAGUGAUGAUAUUAUUGAGAGAAUAAAGUCUUGUGAAGACGCGUUGUUGAGCUGGAAGAAGACCUUACAUUCGAGGCUUCAACCCCAGCGCAGAUUUACCUGUAAACCAACUUAUUUCCUGCAACAUGUCCUUCGAUUACAUUUCGCAUAUAAUUGUUGUUACUCAAACCUUUAUCAGGUGUGUGUGUUUCAAGCAAACGCUAUCGAGCGGUCUAGGCAGGGAACGGACGAGAAUAUUGCGCCAAUAGUUUCACGCUCACUCGAUGCAGCACGUUCGGCAUUGGCUCUACUAUCACACGUACCUUCGCUCGGAUCUACCUACAAGUGGAACAUCAUUUACUUUCCAGCGGCAGCAUGUGUGCCUCUUGCCUUAAGGAUACUCGCACAACCUGCACAUUCAGAUGCUGGGGACGAUCUUUCAAUGGUCCAGGAUGUUAUUAAAUUUCUCACAUGUACUUCUUCCGAGGAGCCUAAUACAUACGUCGACUUUGUAUUGGGCAUGUGCUCUGACUUAGAGCGUUCUGCUAGGAGGGCCUUCUUGACGGCGCAACCUGCCCGCAACCACCAUCCAGCAAUUAUGCAAAAUAACGAAAAUGACAGGCCUAGUAUAUCUAGCCUUGGGAUCAAUCAAACCACAGCCUCUAAUAUUUCCGACGCGUUACCGACUCCUUUUAGUAGCACUUCUGCGGCAAAUAUGGGAAGCGCUCAGUUUACGAAUGUGAUGCCGCAGGGGCCCUACCCAGAUAUUGGUUUUCUGGGGCCUUUCAACGACAUUGAUCAGGCCGCUAACUGGCAGUGGUCCCUACCACCAUUUUGGAACUGGCAGGAUCUUGUUUCAGGUGCGCCUUCGUUUCCGGUCGUUCCGGGAGUGGAUAUACCCGAGGCCAAUAUGCCAGAUACUUGA